UAUCUGUUUCAGUGAGUGAGAGAGAGAAUGAAUUCGACUAUAAUGAUCAAUCUUCAGCUGCUGCUCCCACCCCUCAACUUGCGGGUUGUCGCAUUCACUUUCUCCUAGCUUCUAUCUUACCCGUUCUUAAAAUUACGUAAAAAGCCUGCCUCCACCACCUCUUCAUCGAAAUCAUUUUACUUGCCGACCACUCUGAGACUGAAGAAUCACUGAACAUCCCUGUGGCUCAUCCGCCUAACAUCCAGGUGUGUCCCUGUCUACCUAAUCAAUUCCUCUGAAUAGUCUGAAUGUUAUGUCUCCAUUAGUUCUUUUGUCCUCCAUUCACGUAGAACUCUUUUAGUUCAUGUCCCUUACCUCUGAAACAUGUAUUUGUGUGUGCACAUGAAUCUUUCGGUUAUUUAUUUAACAAAACGGCAAUGUACCGAAACACUAUAUUAUAUGAUUGACACACUGUGGGAAAAUAAGCCAGCUAUGCUUUGGUGUCAUUUCUCAUCACAUCAGUGUGCAUUUCAUGCAGUCUGGGGAAGAGGGAGGGGUGGGGUAGAGAAUGGAUAGAAGGUCGUCACCACCUUGCUAUAUAAGACACCGUCACGAAACACCAUCACACACACUUCACCCAUUGCAGCACCAGGUCACAAGACUCACAAUGAUCUUCAAGUUGGUCAUGGUUAUGGUAGUGGGCGUGGCUAUGGCGGCCCCUGAAGACCUCUACGGCGCACCUGGACCACAACCUGUAUACAAUCAGAUACCGUACAACUUCGAAUAUGGCGUCAAGGAUGAGUACGCAGGCACUGAUUUUAGCCAAGCUGAAGAAUCUGACGGGAAAACUGUUACAGGUUCCUAUACUGUGCAGCUUCCCGACGGUCGCAAGCAGACAGUAACUUACGUAGCAGACGAUUAUGGUGGCUACCGGGCUGAAGUGAGUUACUAUGGUGAAGCCCAGUACCCCUACGAAUAUGGUCCCCCAAUCACCUUCAAGCCCCAGCCAUACCAGCCUCAACCCUCAUACAAGCCUCCAUACCAGCGCUAACCUGUGCUAUAAUAAUAGUAUAUUCCUCAUGCCAUACGAUAUUUAUUAAGUGCCACUCAAUACUUAAUUCACAUUUAGGGAAUGAUAAAUAAAGACUUAACCCAUUAAUUAAACCCUUUCUUGAAUACGAGUCCUGUACUGAUUGACUUACCUCGUACACAUAAGAUAGAGGUGUAAAGAAUUUAUUUAUUACCAUUUGG